AGGUUUGCUUUUAAAAUAGAGUUGUUAUUAUUCUGUUGUCAUGGAAACAGAUUAUGUAAUUUAAAAAAAUAAUAAUAAGUUUAGUUCCCCAAAGGACAACCUGUUCCACUGCACAAGUUGGACAGUCAGGGCUGUAAAAUCCGUCCACAUAAAACUAAAGUUGCUAGGGAACGGAUAAAAACAAACGGCCUCUGAGGCCAAAUGAGAAAUGUGUUGAAGCUCUAACAGCUUGUAUUCAGAAUCUUUCUGGUGGACGUUUUUAACCAGAACAAUUCUUCCAUGGUCUGUGAUGCUGUCAGUCCAAAGAUCCAGCCUCAUUAAUCCUGCAAUAUGGCCAAGAAGAAGAAAGGGGGUAAGAAGCACAGGCCGCUUACUCUGAGAGCAGUUCAGAAAUGCGUGGACUUGACAGCGGAUGGCAGACGGAGGCUGGACCUCAGCUACAAAGGCCUCACCACGGUGCCCGCUUGUGUCCAGAAGGUGACGGACGUCAGUGAACUGAAUCUGAGCAGGAACCUGCUGAAGAAGUUGCCACCUUUCAUAGAUCACUUCGACAGCACCGCGGUGUUUGAUCUGCACAGCAACUAUCUGGAGGAGAUCCCUCAAAACAUCAAAAACCUCACGACUCUGACCGUCUUGAACCUGUGCAACAACCGUCUGACGAGCCUCCCCACCGAGAUCGGCAAGCUGAGCAACCUCCACAUCCUGAACCUGGGACUCAACCUGCUGACAACCCUGCCCACCUCCAUCGGCAACCUGAAGGAGCUGCGCUACCUCGGCCUGUCCUACAACCAGCUCACCGCGGUGCCCAGCUGCACCGUCAAGCUGAAGAAGCUGGAGAAGGUCAACCUGGAAGGGAACCCCAUCAAGUACCCGGAGGUGGCCGGAGUCAAGAAGUCGUUGAAAGCGGACCGUUUUCGCGUGGUCAAGGAGAGCCUUCUGUGUAGGAAUUGUCUGGAAAGUUUUCAAAUCGAAAGGGAGAAGCUGGACUCCAUGGACGGCUACGACACCUAGCGGCCGGACGGGGUGGUGGUGGGGAAGGAGUUUGUUGACUUAAAAUGCAUUCGCGCAACUCACAAUGAGGUCAGUGAGAGCAUCAUUUAUCCUUGAUCUUUUUUUUUUUAUGGUGGAUGCAUGUAAUGCUGGUUGGGUGAGAGUUGCUUUGGGUUUUUGUUACAGCACAUCUAAUAUGAAUUAAUAGACACCAAUUUAACAAUAAACUAUUUGGUUUUUAUGCGAACACGAAUAAAAAUGAUUUUCAAAUAUAAUCAAAUAUUGGAAGAAUAUUUAAUUGAAAAUUGAUGGAUUUUUGUUUAAAUAGUAAUAUUAUAUACCAACAUUUAAGCUGGAUUAAAUGUAAGGAUGAACUGAUGUGAAAAUUUGGGCCGAUAGGUAUCCAAAAUUCAAUAUUUACUGACAAAUAUAUGUUAAUACCUUUUCAACACCUUGGGAGAAAAAAGAAAAGAAAAGAAAACAAACAAAAAAAAAAACACUUCAGCACUUUUUUCUCUGCUUCAGUUAAACUUCCCACAAUCCCCCACUGCAUCAGUAUCACCAUCAUAUGACCAAUCUGUUCUUACAUUUCUUUAGAUUAACUUUAUGGUGCAUUUUCUGCAUUCAACAUCUGUGGCAGUAAUCUGCAGGUAAAAUUCUGUUUUUAACUUGGGCCAGAUUACUUUGGACACAUCUUUCUCCAAUUAAUCACUUGAAAACCUUUGCAAUUUACUUAGGUCGUCUUUGUAUGACACUGUUUUCUAUAAUGUCAAGAAAAUUAUGUGCAACCCUGAUUAUCCUCUUUAAGAGACCGUCAGUGAAAAACAGUGUUCAGUCGGAGGCCUCUUCGAAUUUCUUGUACUACAGACUGCUACAGGAGAUUUUUCUUUUUCUGCCUACUGCCAUCAUCAUCUAACUUUAAUUGUUGAUUAAAUGAGUUACAAAAAUAUUUAAUUUGUCUUUGGGAUCAAUAAUAUACUUUUGAAUUCGGACAUUGUUCUGUAAAACUUUCCAAACACCAGUGGCUCACCGAGUUCAUGGAGGCUCAACUGUUUGGGUCAUAACGCUCAAAACCUCACAUCUGAGAAUUACAGAACAUUUCCUAAGGCUCCAAAGACUUAAAGAAAUGAAUGCAUCACUGUAUGUUUAAUGAAUCUAGAUAUACAAGCUUAACUUUUUUUUUUGAAUAAAAGUAUUUUUUUUAAAUAGGUUUUCUGUAAUAUUUUUAAUCAAAUAUUUGACAUUUAAAAAGCAGCACUGCGUGUUUUGACAGUUGUAAUCCGCUAGAGGGCAGCAAAGGCUGACUGCAGCCGCUUUUGGUUACUACUGCCUUAUUAGAUUAGAAAGAUCCAAUCACAGUGAAGGGGUCUUUAGUUCUCUGAUUUCUUUUGGGUUCUUGGAACAAUUGAGGUAGCAAUGUUGUUUUGACUCUACAGUUUGAAAGGAAACACAAGUUUCACUUUUUGUCUUUUGUUCAUUUCUCACUUUGGAUCAAUGUGGAUAGUCCGAUGGCCUAUUUGUGUCAAUGUAGAUAGGGGGAGGGGGGAAGGGAGGAGUACAUUUCUGCCAAAAGAACUUUUUAGAUUAAUUUCAGAAAUUUUCAAGGAAAAGUACAUUUUCUGCGCUCAAAAAGUCAAACAUUUCCUUGUGCAUUUCUCAAGCAGUUCGUAGCAAAUGUAGCAAUCAGUUAUUUGCUUUAAAUGACGAUACAUUAUUUGCAUCGCUAUGGAGGAAUAUCUUCCUCACUUUUUUGCAGAAUUGUUUUAAAUUGGGCCACAUUGGAGGAGUCCUGAGACUGAAUAGCAUCUCAAUCAAACUGAAUUAAAGACUUUAGGUGUAGAGCAGGGAUGUCAAACUCCAGUCCUCGAGGGUCGCUGUCCUGCAACUUUUAGAUGUGCCUCUGCUGCACCACCUGAAUAGAAUAAUUAGGUCAUUAGCAAGGCUGGGAGAACUGAUCUACACUAGGAGGAGGUCAUUAAGCCAUUUCAUUCCAGUGGUUUGUACUGUGGCACAUCUAAAAACUGCAGGACAUCUUAAAUGUUAUUCUUGGUUCUCUGGUGUGCUGUGUUCUUGGAGUAAUUCUGGUUGGCCAACUGUCCGCUGGGAAAAAUCAGUACUUAUAUUUAGUACUUAUUGAUUCUUUUUCCCCCCACUGUGUUUCUCACAAAAUGGCUUUGUAACCAUCAACUGAUAAAUGUCCAUGACUUUGUUUCUCCUUUGUUCUUACAUUUCUUUAGAUGAUUUGAAACCUUUUUUAGCCAACUUCAUCAUGUCAGAUGGGUUCUGUUCAUGUAUUUUUUUUAUUCUACAUAGUAGAAUAAUGUAAUCUGUUAAAUUAAAUCAUAAAAAAAUACAUUUUCACAUAGGGCUAGGUAACUUUGGACAGGGUUUUUACUUAAAUGAAUUUGUCGCUUGAAAACAACAUUUGUAAUUUACUCAGGUUAUUAUUUUCUAUAAUAUUUAUGGAGUAACAAAAAAUGAAAAACAGCCUGUUGGUGGAAAGUACAUUUUCACAAAUCUGAAGGUAAAGAAAGAUAUCAUGAAAAAGAGAUAGUUGCGAAGACUCAACAUUCAUUUGAGAUGACACAGAGGACUAACCGCAGAUGGACGGCUGCUAUCCUGUCUGCUCCUCAAAGAGUCAUUGGUGGAUGAAGCCAUGGUCCUUUUGUUAAUUGUCAGUGACAGAGAACAGGGGGAAGGUAAUGGAGGGCAGCACCAGGGUCAGAGAACCAGACAGGCAGCACACGAGGGAGGCGGCCACUGGGGAAACACCUGAAAGUCUUCAAGCAAUCCUACUUCUCUCCUAUCUGCACUUUCUUUAAUCUAAUUAAAGAUGUGAGAUGAGAUCAAGCUGAUCAGCAUGAAAUACAAAAUCAUAUUAAGUUAUAUCCUAACUGAAGUUAUCCAGUGGCAAAAUUCUCAGCUGCCAGUGAUGCACACCGAUAGCUACAAGGUUAGCUGUACUAUCAUAAACAUCAUACUAAAGCUAAAGUGCUAAACCAACAUGGGAUUUAGCAGAAGCUAAUGCUAAUGUGCUAAAUUCAAACAUCUUAAUAUCCACCAGGAGACAAAAUGCGUUGCAACAGUAUAUGUCCGAGGAGAGGAAAGGAACUGCUGCGUAAACAGUCUUCACAAACUUCAAAAUAAGAGCAUGAAUAUAAACAUCCAAAUACUUCAAAAAUUCUUAAGGGGUGAUAACCAAAACGUCAACAUACAUGUUGAAAUUUAUUAAUGUUAAAGUUCACAAAAACACCAAGUAUAUUAUCAACUUUGAAUUUGUUUGAAAAAACAAACUUAGGUGAAGCUAACUGUGCUAAAUGUUUUCAAAGUUAGCAAAAUGCUAAAGUGCAAACAGAAUGAAGUAAAAAUGUGUUUUGGAUUAAAGAAUGUCUCAAAUCAACAUGCUAUAAAGAUAUUUACCUCCAAAACAUUGAAAAAUGUGCUUCUAGAUAAAACACCAAGUUUAUUUAAGAUCCCAGCAGCCUGUCUGAAAUCAGUUUUAAUGCAUUUGGUCAGAAAUGAUCAAUAAGUAAUGCUAAGUCAACAGUCACACCUUCAGCAGCCACCCUGCAGUGUGUGUUUUGGAACAGCCCUCCAGCACCACUAUGAAAUAUUAAUCAUGGUCAGUAUCAAUAUUUUAAAGGGUUUUCCAAACAUUGCGGAUUCCAAGGCUCUUAUUAGCAUUCUGAGCGACAUCCGUCUUGAUUAUGUGACCUUAGACAUCAGGUGACAGAGGAACACAAUUAUAGACAUACGAGACAGGCAGAGCUAUGCUAGCUAGCCUCAUUCCACAAGUACACAUCUUGGUUACUCUUUAAAACAUCAAUGUUGCAAACCAUGGAGCCAAAAACAAGCAAUUGUUGACUUGAGGACCAGCAAUUUGAUCUCCUGGUAACUACUGAAGAUAUUAUGACCGCCCUAGCCAACCCAUUGAUACUGUACUCAUUAGCUGCGUUUCUAAUGACCAUGUAAUUGCGCAAUUUUGCUAUUAACAUUUUGAAAAUACAUUUGCUUAAUGGGAACAUGCCAAUUUCACAAAAAAAUUGUUUUUCUAUAAAAUGUUUUGGCACUAGGAUGUGGUGGUUUUGCAGCCGUACUGAAAUUGGUUUAUUUUGCAAAACUGCAAUGGAAACACUCUUUUCACAUCACACUAGUCACAUGAACAACCGGAUGUCACCAGUGGGGCAAGCCACAAAGAAGACAAUGAAAAGAAGUAGUUGGAGGAUCAUGGCGCAUCAAGUUACACAUGACAUGAGUUAUUAUGCGAACAAAAUUAGUUGCAUGUCAUCUUAAUAGUGUUCCUUAUUUAAUGGAAACACUGGAACUGUGAAAUUGUGUUUUGUCAACAUUAGCAGAAUACUGAAGGAUAUAAAAGGAUCCAAACACCAAAAAGGAAAGGCCUGAAACUAAUGAGAAUACACUAAAAUGCAUAGGUAAACAUAAAGGAAUGAAAACAUCAUUGUAACAAUAAAAGGUUCAAAGAAAUUAACUGAAUAUGGUGAGAUCUAAAGUAAUCAAAAUGCAAACAAAUGAAAAAACAAAGUGAGUGAAUCUCAGUCGGUUUCUGUAAUCAUGAAGAUGAUGUUCUAUACAAUUGCAAGUGCAAUGUUAUUUGUGGAGUAGAGAAAGUACAAGUUUAAGUUCAGAAACUACUGAACUUAAAGAUGGCCGCCGGUCUCCUGGAUGAAAGUAGUUGAGGCCUGAGAUUUACUUUGGUGAAAUGUGUGAUUAUUGGAACUAUGUAACAGGUAACGAGAAGAUUUAAUGAAGCCAAACAGUGACUCACAGAAGAAGACUGGAUUUCUCAGUUAAUGGCAAAGUGGGUUGAGGUCAACAAAGUCAAUAGCUUCCUAUUUCCAUCAAUGUUUUGUUUAUGCGUUUGUUUGUUUUUUGAAGCAUUGAGGUUAGAAAAGGUUGAUAAAAAGGCCUAAGUGUCUAUUUGGCGUAUGUAAAUAUCUGGUUUCAAUGCACUCAAAUUUUCUUUACCUUUGUUGAUCAUUUUCCUGUGCUGCUAUUCAACUGACCUUCCCUUGCCUAAAUACAGCAACUCUCAAUGGUACGACGGUUCGUCAACUAAAACAAAACUCGACGUACACAAGACGGCUGGAAGAACCCCAAGAGUAAAACAGAAAACCUCCACCCUGCGUCCAACCCUUCCCAUCACUCGGAGCUGCAGAGAAAAGACCCGACUUUGAGACAAGCUCGUCUAUAAAAAGCCAUGUGGUUAUGGCUAAAGAAAAACAGAAUUUCUGGUUGUGGGCUGGCUUUUGCUAUUUGGGUUUUACAAUGUCCUCUUCCCUCUGCUUGCUUUCAUUGUCCGCCAAUCCAGGGUCUGAUAACACCUGAUCAAUUUGAAGAGACAGACCCUGAACCACACCCAGCCUGUAACCCAGUCUCAGUUUUAUACCAAACACCGCCUUUAAUGGCUUUUUAAUUAAAAUCGUUCGUUUAGAGAUGUUUCGUUGUAGCUUCUAGUUUCUAUUGUUGCAUCUUGUGAGACCCCGUCUGUUAGUUUGACUCCAUUUAGCUUUGGACUGGGUCUGCUUCGUUUUGCCAGCUUGUUAUCUUUGCUGUGUGUGUAGAUGGUUGGAUGUAAAGUGUGGGCACACGCUCCCCCUCUGGGUCUUUCUCCCUCUUUACUCUGUAAUAAGAGCAGCUGUGGCUUACGCGAGGCCAGCUCUGAUUCGAUUGCAGUGAAACUAAGGCCAUUAUCCUUUGUACGCCGGAGGAGGGCCAAGCAGCUGCGACAAGAGCAGCGGCAAACGGCAGGCUUCAGGGUUUCCUUCGAGAAGACGGCAGAGAGUGGAACAAUUUCACAGAUUAGCCUCCUAACAAGCAAAGAAAGGAACAUUUUACACAUGAUACCGUGGCCAAAUCCAAUCAAAUUGCCCUUAGAGCAAACAGAAAUAAGCUACAAAGGUGAUUCUCAAGCAAAUAUUAAUUUGUGGCUGAUGUCAAAAACUAAACUUGUCUCAAAAUAUAUAUAUAUAUAUUUUUUUGUUUAUACAUAAGAGAUUUUUAAAAAAUUGAAGGAAUUGCCAUUACAGAUGCAACAUUUUUGCUCAAUUUUAUGUCCAAAUAAAGCAAAAGCUACUUUAGAUAAAAUUUUCAGAUUGCCCUACCAAACUAAUUAUUCUGUGUUUCAGGACUGGUGAGAUUACACUGAUCAUAAUCUGAAUUACCAAUCAUCAAAAGCUAUCUCAGUAGAUAACUGGUCUGUGAUAAUGGCUGCCAUUCAGACAGCAAACUGUAACACAUGGAGUGCUGCAAGGCAGCUGUCUUGGUCCAAUUAUAUAUGCAAUAUUAACACUCCUGUACUUCUCUCUGAUGGUAGAUCAUUUGUGAGUUGAUUUCAUGGUAAAAAUGGUCGUAGGGUGAUGACUGGUCGGCUGCACAAUCAGACAAGGAUGUAAACCAAACUUUUUAUUGUAAAUCUUUUGAUGAAGACGGCGAUGGGAAGCAGCUUCAAUCAUGAGGACUGGCAUCCAUUGAUGUCUUUGCAGAUUUGCAGCGACUGCUUUUUUUUUUCUUUUUUUUAAAGGCAAGAGAAAUGUUCAUAUACUUCAUAUGCAAGUAAGUUUAGUAAGAUGUAAUCAAAUAUUGCAUUAUAGAGAAGGUGUGUGUCAGUGUACCAAUUCUGUAUUAAAGAUCUUUUUUGUUGGUUAGCACUGAGACAAGGCCCUGCCAUCAUGUAGCCUACUAUAUACGAAAAAAAACUUGUAAGCAUCUAGACUUUUUUACACUUUUAAGUCUGCUCUGGCCUAAGGGGAAAUGCCUUUCAUGAUUUAGUGGUGUACAUGUACUGUGAAUUUAGGAAGAUUUGAUCAAAUCAACAAACACUUCAUGGGUAGAAGUUCUGGUCGGUUUGUAAGCUAGCUAGUUCCAACAUUUAUAAAUACCGCGGUCUAUGAACCCAACCUGCGCAUGCUACGUCCAAAGACAAAUUAGCUAGACUUAAGUAGAAGACAUGGCGAUACUGGCAAAGAUAGCAUGGAAAAACAAUCACAGUUCAAUACCCCUGUUCCUCAUUUCUGAUGUCUGUCAUAUCGCCAUGACAACAGCUUUUAUAUUUGUCUGCUUUUUGAAACUGCUUCACUAUUCUACCAUUCCAACUAAAAGUACUUUCCAUUUUUC